CACCUCGGGACAAUUUGGAGUGCCUACCUAUUUUUGUCGCACUUCAACAUUUUGUUUAAGAUCUUUAAACACAAUUUGAUAACACUGAUCAACAAAUUUUUGUACCAACAAAUUCUCAGUCUGUUUCGAUUAUUUUGAUGGACCUGAAUCCGAAAAUGGCAUUGUCCCCCCGCCCCAAUAACUGGCUCUAUUGUGAGAUCGAUUAUUAUUAUGAUUUUUUUGAAAUGAGUCGUAAACUCCACUUUCCGGGUUUUCCAUUCGUCCCCGUUUUGCUUUCAUCAAUUCUUUCGACGUAAUUUCAUCUCGGCGUAAUGUGGAAACAACUGCACACAAAAAACACAUUGGCAUGUUGAAAUGUAGAUUUUUCGAAUUGUCAGUGUUUUAAUUUGAAUGAUAGAGUGAGGAAAAAUAGAAAUAAAAAAAAACACAACGCAUGAAGAUGGCGUCACAACUCAAAUGGCGGGUAGCAGGAGACAGACGCGUUUAGAUGACGAUUACAAUAUGACGUCUGCUGGAUUGACAGGGCGAUGUCGUCUCUGUUUACCAUCCAGUUGCUGAUGGGAUGAACAACAUCUGGACGGACAACCGAGCGACUUAUUCCACCCAACAUUAAACCCAGAAUUGAAACAUGGAGAGCCAGCCGUCCGUCUUGAGGGAAUUCUGCCCACUCCAGCACCUGCUGAACGCUAUCCCGGCCAAAGUAAUUUAAAAAAAAAAUCUAUAUAUUUAUUUUACACUAUGGGACGCCAGCCGCGACUUUGUGGCGGUGGGAAGUAGCAUUGGCAUGUUGUACCUCUACUGCCGCCGUCUGGCGCACAUGAACAAAUACAGCCUGGAGGGAAAGUGCGACGCCAUCACCUCCGUGAGGCUGCUGAGCUGCUUUGACGAUCUGGUUGCCGCGGGAACGGCAUCGGGCCGAGUGGCCAUCUUCCAGCUGGUGUCACCGUUGCCGGGUCGCAACAAGCAGCUGCGGCGCUUCGACGUGGUGGGCCUCCACAAAGGCACGGUCACGUCUUUGUCGUGGAGCGCUAACGGCAUGAAGCUUUUCUCCGGGGACGACAAAGGGCGCGUGGUCUUCUCCACUCUGGACCUCGAUCAGGGUACAUGCACACCGGUGCUACUCUUGGAGGAAGCCUGCGGCGUAGUGCAGCUGGACUACAGUCACCAGGUUCUGCUGGUGUCCACGCAGCAACGCUCGCUGCUGUACUGCACACACACGCAGCAGGUCCAGCAGCUUGGAGCCAAACCCAGGAAGAGUAGCGGCAGGUUCGGGGCCUGCUUCCUGCCGGCUCUUUGCAAGCAGAGCGACCUUCAAGUGUUCGCGGCCCGACCGGGACUCCGACUGUGGAGGUCCGAUGUCUCGGGGCACGUGGUGGACACCAGACUGCUCAAAGCCAUCUUCAACACUUCGAUUCCCCACUUUGAGAUAUUCGCCCGUCCUUGUCCGGUUGGGGCCUACCGUCCGUCCGAGCGUCAGCUGGGUCUGCUCAGCUGCUUCCUCAAGGAGGGUUGGAUCCUCAGCUGGAACGAAUACAGCGUCUACGUGGUUGACUACGUCAACCAGGUGCUGGUGGGCGCCUUGGAGAGCAGCGGGGACAUCGUGUCGCUGUCCUGCUGCGACAACGAGAUCUUCAUCCUGAAGGGAGACCGAGACCUCAUCCGACUGUCGGACAGUCCGGAGGGCGUCUCCCAUUCGCCGUCUCACUACCCCGUGCGUCUUUCUUCGCCGUUGACGCCGCAAGGCAACGUCGUCACGCCGACGGGUUGGGUGGAGGUGGCUCAGCCGAUCCGGACCAUGGCCAUCAUCGUGGAAGGCGGAUCCGGCGAGGGGGGCGGGAGUCACGCUGAGGCGGGGCAAGAGGAAGAGGAGGAAGCCGAGGAAGCGCGGGAGAAGGACGAGGACGGCAACGUCCCGAGCGUCCGCUCGCGUAGCCGCAGCAGCUCCGUCACUUCCUGGGACAGUCUCCGCGGAAACUCCUCCGGCGAUGCCGGCUCCCGCCGCUACAGCGCCCCCCUGGGGCAGGAGGAGGUGUGGCAGGAGCUGGUGGUGAAAGCCGUCAAGGUGAAGAAGAAAAAGAGGCAGCGACAAGACAGCAGCAGUGGGAGUCGUCUCUCUGAGAGCAGCUGCUCGGAGUCCAAGUUUGUCAUCCAGGACGGCAGCUGCAGCGAUGGCGGCAGCGGAGCGUCCCUCCUGGGGCUGGAACUUCCGAAACAGGACUCUCCAACGGAGAUCGGGGACAGAAGUGCGAAGGAGGAUGAAGCUCAGCAGGAGGAGUCCAGCCUGGCCCCUCAGGCUCCGGAGGAGGAGGCGGGGCCCCUCACCCCGAAUGUGGACGUGCUGCUGGAGUGCACCUUCUCCUACAUGCAGCGUGACGGGCGGGAGCACCAUCCAACGGACCAGCGGGAUGAGCGCUUCCUCGGUCCCGCGAUCCAAGCGGAGGCGGACGAGGAGGAUGAUUUGGCGCCACCUGCUGGUGCGACGGACCAGACCGUGAAUUCUGGACUACCUGGCAAGAAGCCGAGCGUGUCCAGCGAUGACGAGGAGAGCGACAUCUACCGCCACGGUCUUCCCCAUGUGGACGUCACCGACGUGGAACACGGCAGCGCGGGGAGGAGUCAAGCGGCUGAUGUAGCGUUGCAGCAGGACGCUCAGGAUGGACCUGGACGCAAAGCUGAGCAGUUGGCCGAAUGCUGGAUGGGGUACUCUGGACCAGGAUGUGGAAUAUUGAGCCUUCAUGUGACUGACAGGUGUGUGUGUGUGUGUGUGUGUUCCGACAGCGAGGCUCAGGGCAUGGAGCUCAUGUGCGUCACGCUGGGCGACGGCGGCACCGCCUGGGCGCUGGACGUCGGUGGGAGACUCUUCUUCAGGACGGGAGUCUCCUCACGACGACCGCAGGGGCACGAUGACCACUGGUGGCAGGUCAGCAUUUCCGACUACGUGGUCUUCGAUCAAGGCAGCUUGUUCCAGACGCUUCUGAGCGCCACGCAAAGCGUCGCCACGGUAACGAGGGCACCGGUGGAGCGGGUGGUGGCCUUCCUGUCUCAGUACUCUCAGCGCCAGCCCAGCCUGGUCAGCGCCAACGCGGGCGGCGUGUGGGUGGCGUCCGGACGCAACCAGCUGCACUUGGCCCGCGGCAGCCUGGUGGGAACCUUCUGGCAAAACCUGGUACCCAGAGGGACCGUGGCGGCCACCAGGUGGAGCUCCAUCACCUCUUCGGCCUUGCCCCACAAAGAAGGUGCCUUCCUGUGGUUGGCCCAGAGCAAGAAGGAUCUGUUCUGCGUCUGGGAUCAGGAUGGAGAACUUCGGCCGUCCACGGUCACGCUGCCGCCGGAGGUGGAGCUGACCCAGCUGUCGGCUUGCCGCGACGCCCUUUGGGGACUGGACACCCACGGCCGGGUGUUCAUUCGCACCCUGUCUUCCCCCUGCCCCGCCGGUCUCCACUGGACGUCGCUGGACCUCAGUCAGCUCGGAAGUGUACGUUUGGUGAGCAUCAGCUGCGGCAGCCAGAAUGUUUGGGCUCUCGACAGUCGUGGACUGGUCUACUUCCGGGUUGGAACCCAACCACUCAACCCUAACAUGAUGCUUCCCGCUUGGAUCCACAUAGAACCACCUGAGCAGCCUGUUGGAGUCCAGCUCGUCAGUAUUGAGACAAGUCCAAACGAUUGUCAUCUGUGGGCGCUGGACAACAGAGGCGCCGUCUUUGUCAGGACGGGACUCAGCAACGAGAUGCCCGUUGGGACGAAUUGGGACCUGGUGCCAGGUCUGAGCGUCAGUCAGCUGGUUCUCAGUUGUCGGACGGUUUGGGUCCGAUGUGUCAAUGGAGACUUGGCUCGACGUUACGGCGUCUCCGAUAGAAACCCGGCCGGGGACUACUGGAAGAAGAUCCCAGGAAACGCCAACUGGCUGACAGUCACUCCAGACGACGACUUGUGGGCGGUGACCGCUAUUGGCGGACUGGCCCGUCGGAUGACAAAACUCCUCCCGCCAACGCCCCGUCGCCCCGCCCCUUCCGGAACAAACGCCGGCGGUGGCGGUGACGAUGUUGACGACGAGUGGGAACUCCUCUGACGCCGUUCCGUGUGGACUUGUGUAAGAUAGCUGCAAAACAUUUUUUUUUUCAACGCUUUCUCAUGGAAUGCAGCUGAACUGGCGGCUGACAUCACUUCCUGGCAAAAGUGUGAAAGUCUUUCCCAUGACAAGGAUGCCCUUGAUGGCCAAGAGAGACAUCUUGAACUUGUUCCAAGUGUUUCCAAACUGGUUCAGACAGGUGUCGAAGACGGCCUCUGAUCAAAGGAAUGUCUAGUACGAUGAGGAGUAUGACGUCCAGACUGUUGCGUUUCGAAAGGAUGGAAGUGAUGGGGGUCGGGGGGGUCUAGUCCCUCUGUGAGCAAGCACGCCUUAAUGUACUUGAGUGGACUACAUAUGUACUGGUUUCAUAUUCAAAUCACAAUCUGAUGGACUAGACACCAGUGGAUCGAUGGACUCAAGUGAGAGCUAGUGAAUUCUUGUAGGAACGGGGAAUUUCCCACCUUGGGGCGCCCUUUGUGAUUGAACCACAGACAGAGACCGCAACAGACUUGGUGCGCUUACCUGGACACCAAUUGAUUGAUGGACCCAGGUGAACUCUUGGACCGCCUGGCCCGAAAACUCUCACGGAAACAGGGAAUCUUCAUCCGUGUGUGUGACCUCGAAUCACUUUGGUCGACUCACCUGGGCUAUUCACUUGAUGGACUCAAAUGAACACGAGUGGCUUGGGUUUGAACUCUUGGGAGAACAAGGUAAUAUUGCACCGAAGGAAGUCCCUUAUGUAUGUACACAAAGGCCACACUCGGACGGACUCGGGUGGACUCUCGCAGCUGCGGUGGACUCGAGACGCUGCUGGACAAGAUACGCACUUGACAGCUUCAGCCAACUGACUAGUUUGACCUCGACAGCACUUUCGUAGAUUUUGGUGGACUCACCUGGAUUUACGCAUAUGCCCCGAAAGACUCUUGAAUUUUUGUGCCACUGCGUGCAACAACACUUGAGUAAUGGAAAACGUCCACGAUAGACAUUAGUGGACGAGUUACACUAGCUACUGUAUCCUCUGACUGCAACACACUUGACUAACCAUGCUGUAACAAACUUUAAUGUUAAGAGAUUCUGGCGGCCUUUGCGUCUUAGAAUGAGCUGGACUUUACUGGAACGGUUUAAGUCCUGGGUCAGACUCGGAUAUGAGGACGUGAUGGUGUCCUGUUAGGCGACGAGUGGUUGGGAAGUCACCCUUGAACGUAUUGAACACAGAAACCCCCGGAGUCCAGCUUCAGUUGAGUGUCCUUCACUUUAUUACACGAUCAAAAUAUGCAUGGACUCAUCAUCUGAAGUCAAGGAUCACGACGAUUACUCCAUCUCGAACACCAUCGGGUUUCGGUCUUUUCUCUCAGUAAAAAAAAUGUCUAGUCCAGCUCACCGUACGACUCGUUUGAGCUGCGACAGACUUCCCGAGAGUCCUGAGAACCUGAAGCAGUAGUAAUGGCAGGGCCGGACCGGUCAACCGACCAAACUUGUCCUGUGGACACAGGCUAUGACGUCAACCGUAGACACCACGAGAGAACUUUUGAUACAUUCUGGCAGACUUGACCGGACUCUUAGAAUUAGCUGCACUUUACUGCACUGUGAACAUUUUAGGUUCUGAGUCGGACCUGGGUAUCGGAGUGAGAAGUGAUGUCGUCCUCUGGCGUGCUGAUUGGUUGCAAACUCACCCGUGAACGUAUUAAACACAAAGCUGCUGAGCGCAUUGUC